GCAAAACCAUCCCACUACAGCAGCCCUUCUUUUCGUAUCGUGAUGAUAGCGAGAAGCGGUUCUAUAGGCUCACUUGCCAUAGAAAACACCGAGAUUUCGUCACAAACGUUUACAUUAAACAUGUGCUCGAUGAAGGUAACGAUAUUGCUUUAAGGACCAGACAACGAAAGCUUUAUACGAACAACAAGAGUGAUGACUAUCGUAGUUACCAUCAGAAGACUUGGAGCCAUAUCAUAUUCGAGCACCCGUCUACCUUUGAUACGCUUGCGAUGGAUCCAAAGAAGAAGGAGGAGAUUUUGAAUGAUUUGUUGACGUUCAGCAAGUCCAAAGACUACUACAAAAAGGUGGGCAAGUCGUGGAAACGAGGAUAUCUUCUUUACGGUCCACCAGGAACCGGGAAGUCUAGCAUGAUUGCGGCCAUGGCUAACCUUCUGGAAUACGAUAUCUAUGAUCUUGAACUGGCGUCGGUGAAAGAUAACACGGAUUUGAGGAAGCUGCUCAUCGAGACAUCAAGCAAGUCCAUGAUUGUGAUCGAGGAUAUCGAUUGUUCACUUGAUCUCACCGGUAAGAGAAAGGAGAAACAUGAAGAUGAUAAAGAGGAUGAGAAGGAUCCAACUAAGAAAAUGGAGAAAAUGGCGAAGAAAAAGGAUAAGGAGAGCGAGGUGACUUUGUCCGGGCUGCUCAACUUCAUUGAUGGGCUAUGGUCGGCUUGUGGCAGCGAGAGAUUGAUCGUGUUCACGACAAACCACAUAGAAAAGCUUGAUCCUGCUCUCAUUAGGAGAGGACGGAUGGAUAAACAUAUUGAGAUGUCAUAUUGUUGUUUUGAAACAUUUAAGGUUCUUGCGAAGAACUAUUUGGAUGUUGAAACGCAUGAGUUGUUCCCAACCAUUGGUCGACUUUUGGGGGAGACGAAUAUGACUCCAGCUGAUGUGGCCGAGAGUUUGAUGCCGAAGUCAAAUGAAGAGUGUGUUGAGGUUUGCUUGAACAAGGUGAUCAAAUCUCUGGAAAGUGCAAAGGAAGAAGCAAGACUUAAAAGUGUGGAGGAUGACAUGAACAAAUGUAAGGUGGAAGCAGUUGGUGAAAAAAGUGAAGUUAAUAAUGAUCAAAAGGUAGAAGAGAGUGAUGAAUCAAGCGAUUCAAAGGACUAAGUCUAAAUACAACGUGAGUUUUCUAGUAACAGAUUCUGA